AACAGAACGGCUCGAGUUCGAGGUCCUUCGCUCGCACAGCACAGGUGUGUGACGCAAGUGCGAGGUGCAGGUGCGUGACGUGUGAUGCGACGAUGAGCGAAGACGGUCCUGCGGAGCACGCUGUGGAGAAUGUCGAUUCCAUCGAUGGCAAAGCUCUGGAUGACCUGGAGGCUUUGUGGUGGUACCAUGGCAACCUGUCACGUCACGCUGCCGAGGUCUUGCUCAUGUCCAACGGCAGCAGCGGGAGCUUUCUGCUCCGCAACAGCAAGGAAGGGCCCAGUAGCUUCGCCUUGUCUGUCAGGGCCAAGGACUCUGUCAAACACUUCCAAGUGUCGCGAAGCAGAGGCCGCUACUCGUUCGGCUUUCAAGAGUUUCCCUCCCUCCGUGAGUUCGUUAACCACUUCGCCAACCAGCCUCUGAUAGGAAGCGAAACCGGUUGCCUCAUCGUCAUAAAGUGCCCGUACCCCCGGCUGGUGGACGAGCCCUGCAUCUACGAACCCGUGCUGGUGCACACGGCCAUGCAUACAGGCCUAACCGAAAAGGAUCUGGUGGCAAACGCUCCCUCGCUGGGGACAAAAGAGGGGUACCUGAUCAAGCAAGGAGCAAUAGUGAAGAACUGGAAAACAAGGUGGUUCACCUUAAAUAGAAAUGAAAUGAAAUAUUUCAAAGACAAAAUGUCAGUCGAACCGAUUCGAACCCUUGAUCUGACAGCGUGCACAGCGGUCCAGUUUGAUUACUCCAAAAACAGGGUCAACUGCUUCUGCAUGGUGUUUCCCGAGAGGACGUAUUAUCUGUGUGCACGUACCGGCGGAGAGGCAGACGAGUGGAUUGCGAUACUGCGUUGGAAACUGUCACAGAAUCGGAAAGGACCUUGACGAAAAGAGAAGUGUGGGGUGUUUGAAAGUG